GUCAGCAAGGACGGCAAGAGCGACUGCCGCGAUGUCGCUGUGUCUGGCGUUGGCGUCGCUGACUGAAGGUGUCGCGUCGCUGAUCGAAGGCGUCGUGUCGCGUUCCUUCAACGUAGGUGUGCUGAUGGCGUCGCGCCUCGACUCACCCUUUGACCUUGAGCGGUGCGGCCCUGCCGUUGACAUCGCCCUUGAGGAAGUCAACGAGAGGGUUCUCGCCAAGCACGGCGUUACUCUCAAUAAAGUCCAAGCCAGCUAUCCGUCGUGCUCGGGAGACCGUGCUCCUGGUCUGGCUGCUGACAUGCACUUUUCGGAUGACGUCAUCGCAUUCAUCGGUCCUGCGUGCGCCUUCGCGUUGGAGCCUGUCGCCCGCCUGGCUGCCUACUGGAACACACCAAUCAUCACCGGAAUGGGAGAUCAGCCCCCAUCAGAAGGACAGCUGUCGGUUACGUCUGGGAUUCUCCGUCGACUCAAUAGAUGGAAGAAUGACUCUGCCAAUACUCUUUUCAAGGAUAAGAGCGAAUACCCAACUCUGACUCGAAUGUCUUAUUGCCAAUGUCGUUUGAAGCUGGUAUUCUCCAGUAUUUUUCGACAAUUCCAAUGGAACAAUGUUGCUCUUUUGUUGGAUAGAUCUGACCUCUUCUCGUUGACGGUCGGUAAGAACUUGGAGAAUGGUCUUAAAAAACUGGGAGUUCUGAAAUUUGUGAGGGAGCUUGAUGGCAACGAAGAGGAAGACUUGGAAAAGUAUUUGACUGAUGCCAGCAUGUAUGCUCGAGUUGUUAUCUUGAGCGUGAGAGGGGUUCUGGUGCGCAAAUUUAUGCUGGCAGCGCAUUCGUUGGGUAUGACAAGAGGAGACUGGACUUUUCUGGAUGUCGAGAUUGUUCAAGUAUGUUUUUCUAACUCAAAGAUAAUUUUACCUUCAUCUUCUUAUAAAUCUCUUAAUAGGGCCUCUCCCUCUCUUAAGGCCCUCAUUCUUAGGGCUCUCUCUCUUAGGCCCUAUUCUCAUUCACUCUCCUCUUUCUUUUAGGGCGUCUAUCUGUUGGGAAUGGCAUUGGAUGAGACUUUAUCAGAGGAGAGGGAUAUUCGAAACGGCACAGCCAUAACUAAGAAGAUGUGGAACAAGAAUUUCGAAGGUAUAACAGGUCACGUGCGAAUCGACGAAAACGGAGAACGUGACGCGGACUAUGCUGUGUUGGACUUGGACCCGAUCACGGGCCGCUUCGAGGUGGUCGCCCACUAUUACGGCGAGAGGCGCGUCUACUCUCCCGUCGCCGGCAAGCGCAUCCACUGGCCGGGUGGCAAGAGCGGUCCCCCGCGAGACAUACCUGUGUGCGGCUUCAUGGGCAACGAUCCCAAGUGUGCAAACAAUGAAGCACAAAUGAUGGUCAAAUACGGUCUGUUUGGCUUCUUCAUGAUCUUCACUUGCGGCAUUGGUGUAGCUUUAGCAGCAAUCAAACAUAUGAGAAUGACAGCAGAUCUCAACAACAUGUCAUGGAAAGUAAAAACAGAAGAAGUACUUUUAGAGAUGGGGAAGCCGUUCUCUUCAAAAUUAGCACUGCAGAAAACUUUCGAGAGUAAUGAAAACGGGAUACAAGAACGCUUUCCAUUCAGACGAUCUUCAAUUGAAUCAAAUUCUUCAUUUCUGCCUGCACAAGUCUACACAACGAUUGGAAUUUAUAAAGGCAGUCGAGUCGCAAUAAAAAAGGUUGUGAAGAAAAAAGUUGAUAUCAAUAAGCGUCUACUGAUGGAAAUUAAACAAGUAAGAGAUGUGACACAUGAAAACACAGUGAGGUUCAUAGGCGCUUGCAUUGAGUGCCCCACCGUUCUCAUAUUGACUGAGUAUUGUCCAAGAGGCAGUUUGAAAGAUGUUUUGGAGAAUGAAGCUAUCAGGCUGGACUGGAAUUUCCGUAUGUCAUUAAUACAUGACAUAGUGAAGGGAAUGGCGUUUUUGCACAGUUGUGAGGUAGCAGUUCACGGCAAGCUACGCUCAUGUAACUGUCUCAUUGACAGUCGCUUUGUUUUGAAACUGUCAGAUUUCGGAUUGCAGACAUUGACUACGCCAUCAGAGAUAAUACGAGAUGUUCCCUAUUACACAAAACUGCUGUGGGUGGCACCAGAGUUGCUUUCUGAAACCACGGUUCCUGGCAAUCCUUCAACACAAAAAGGAGACGUUUACAGCUUUGCCAUUAUCUUGGAGGAAAUUGUGAUGAGAGGUGGACCAUUUGAAGUAGCAAGGCAAACAUUCACAAUCCAACAGAUCCUUGACAGAAUAAAGUCGAACGACAGUCCCCCAUUCAGACCCGACGUGAGUGGCAUAGACUGUCCUAAUGAACUGCUGGAGUUGAUGGAGCGGUGUUGGCCCAACAACCCUGAAGAGAGGCCGACAUUCGAGGUCAUCCGAUCGGUCAUUCAUCGAAUGAUGAAAGGCUACUGCGAUAAUCUAAUGGAUGACCUUCUUCGGCGUAUGGAGCAGUAUGCAAAUAAUCUUGAAGAGCUUGUGGAGCAGAAAACUGAACAGCUGAGCAUGGAGAAGAGGCGCUCAGAGGAGCUACUCUAUCAAGUUCUGCCAAGACCAGUAGCACAGCAAUUGAUGGCGGGAGAAAUGGUGCAGCCCGAACAAUUCGAGUGUGUGACCGUGUACUUUAGCGACAUUGUGGGGUUUACAUCUUUGUGCGCCCAAAGCACUCCCAUGCAGGUGGUGGAUUUGCUCAAUGAUUUGUACAGCACAUUCGAUAGAGUGAUUGGAGCUUACGACGUUUAUAAAGUGGAAACAAUAGGAGAUGCGUACAUGGUGGUGUCAGGGCUACCAGAGCGAAAUGGCGAUUCGCACGCACGUGAAAUAUCUCUGAUGGCGCUGGCAAUACUCGAUGCAGUCAACAGCUUCAGCAUACAACAUAGACCCGAUGCGCAGCUCAAAGUGCGCAUUGGUAUCCAUUCAGGGCCAGUAUGUGCUGGGGUUGUGGGCCAGAAAAUGCCGCACUAUUGUCUGUUUGGUGACACAGUCAAUACAGCAUCACGCAUGGAGUCAUCGGGCGAACCACUGCGCAUACAUGUGAGCAGCAUGACCCGGGAGAUACUGAUGAAAGUUGGCACGUUCCAGUUGGAGCUGCGAGGGGAGGUGGAGCUUAAGGGCAAAGGCAAGCUGAUCACCUAUUGGCUGACAGGCUGCUCCGACCCCGACCCCCGCCCCACCAGUCCCCUCAACCAAUGCAGCGACACCACCGAAAUGAACCCCUAUCCUCUCAUAUUCCCGGAGCUCAGCGCUUCUAUUAUACUAAAAUAAUUGGCAACGCUUGCAUUAUUAUUGAUCAAUACAUCAAACAGCAGCUUUAAACAAUUAUCAAGAGAUAACAUCACAUCGAUGAUGAAAUCAAUUUACUAGUGAAUAAUAAUUAAUUUCAAAUCAUGUUAUGCAUAAUUAUUCAUCAAUAAAUCAAACAGCAGCUUUAAAAAUUAUCAAGAAAUAAAAUUGAUGAUGAAAUUAAUUUACUAGUGAAAUAAUAAUUUAUUUCAAAUGAUGUUAUGCAUUUAAUGAUCUAUAACUUAGCUAAUUUAUAACAUAGCUACAUUUGGACUGUUGUAAAAAUUAGAAUUGGAACCGUUUUGGGCUUAAGCCUGUGGUACAUUUCUGAAAGUUGUGUAAUACUGGAUAAUUGAAUUAAUCAAUUGGCAGCUAUAAGCAAUUCGAAGAUAAAAUUGAAGAUGAACUCUAUUAGUGAAAUAAUAAUUUAUUUCAAAUCAUGUUAUUAUUAGAAUGAUUUUAUUUUGAUAACUGGAAGAAUGAGAAUGUAAAUUUGUAUACCAAAGAUGAUACGAUAUUAAAAAUUAUUUU